UCCAAGGAGUACGUGCACAUCCGUGUCCAGCAGCGAAAUGGUAGGAAAAGCUUGACAACCGUGCAGGGACUGAAGAAAGAGUACAGCUAUAGCAAGAUAUUAAAGGACCUCAAGAAAGAGUUCUGCUGCAAUGGCACUGUAGUUCAGGACCCUGAACUCGGACAGGUGAUCCAGCUUCAAGGUGACCAGCGGAAAAACGUAUCCACGUUCCUCGUUCAGGCGGGGCUUGUGAAGAAAGACAACAUCAAGAUCCAUGGCUUCUGAUAUCACUUUCCGACCAUUUAACAAGUCAGCGUAAACAAACAAUCACUUUCCUGUGUUUUUUUUAAGCUUUGAUGAUGUUUCUGAGGUCAUGGCCGAGAAGUCUUGUCAACGAGUCUUCUUGGAAUAAGAAUUUCACAACUUCUGAGGCAUACUUA